UAUAUUUGAAACAGUCAUGAUAAACCAUAACGUCUAAGGAGGUAGUUUUCAGGAGAAUGUCUUUAUAUAUAUAUAUAUAUUUUUAUUCUCUUCUUUUUCUUCUUCUUUUCAUCCUUUUCUUAUUCAUGACAUUUAUCAAAUUACCUGAGCGUAUUCUCUUGUAUAAUAGGAAAACAAAAGAUGAAAGAAAACAAUGGCAAGAAAAAGUCAGAAGGGAUGAUGAAUUACUACUGGCAAAGCUUGGUUAUAAACAAAGUCUAAAUCGACAAUUAUCUACAUUCUCUAAUUUUGCUAUUUCAUUUGGUUGUUGUUCUGUUCUCAGUGGACUUUUGCCUGUAAUCUAGAAAACAUACAUUAUACAUACAUAUAUAUAUAUAUCACUGAUCCACUAUGUUAGAUGUGGGGUACUACUUUAUUGACAGGCGGCACUUCAGCUUCUAUUUGGGGAUAUUUAGUGGUUGCUUUGUUGACCAUGACCAUUGGGUCUAGUUUAGCAGAAAUCUGUAGCUCCUACCCAACCAUGGGUGGUUUAUAUUACUGGACAGCACAACUAUCUGAAUCAGAGUGGGUUCCUUUUAUGUGUUGGAUUGUAGGCUAUUUUAACUGGCUUAGUUUAUCAGUGGCUAUUUGUGCAGGUGAUUUAGGCAUGGCAGAGUUCUUAACAUCGGCUAUCUCUGUUGCCCAUCCUGACUUUGUGACUACACCCGCCAUUGAUUAUGGUGUCUUUAUUGCCAUUCUUUUUAUUCAUGGCUUAAUGAACACCUUGCCUGUCAAAUACACAGGCAUGAUCAAUAAUUUAUCUGUUUGGUGGCAUUUGAUGGGUAUUUUGUUCAUUGUGCUUGUCGGUCUCUUAUUGACACCUAAUAAACCCUCGGCUUCAUUUGCGCUAGGUCAAGUCUAUAAUGGGUCUGGAUUUAGCAGUCAAGGUUAUGCUUGGCUCAUUGGUCUAUUGCAAGCACAGUUUACAUUGAAUGGGUACGAUUCAGCUGCCCAUGUGAGUGAAGAAACCAUGUCUGCUCAACGUGGUUCGCCUAUGGGCAUUGUGAUGGCCAUUGGUACGUCAGCCAUAGCAGGCACUGUCUUGAUGAUGGCCUGUGCUUUUAUGAUUCAAGAUUUUGAUCGACAAAUUGUUCAUUCGGCGAAUUCGAUGGCUAUCACUCAAGUCUUCCUGGACGGUGUAGGCAUGGGUUGGACCCUUUGGUUUUUAGUGAUCAUUCUUGUAGCCAUGUAUUUUGCGGGUGCUUCUGUGAUUGUGGGUUCGUCGCGUCAGACAUAUGCCUUUGCUCGUGAUGGUGCCAUGCCAUUGUCAGCGUGGCUGACUCGCUUGACGGAUGCCAAAGUACCUGCGAAUGCAGUGUGGUUUAAUAUCAUUUUCUCUGCUAUCUUGGGCAUCCCUUAUUUGUUUAGCGAUGUUGCUUUUGAGACGAUUGUGUCGAUCAAUACCAUUGCAGCCAAUAUUUCUUAUUUAAUACCUAUCUGGCUACGUAUUACCAUGGCCAGAAAACGGUUUACAAAAGGACCUUUUCAUAUGGGAUGGUUUUCUAUUCCAUGUGGUAUCAUUGCUUGUCUUUGGAUUGUAUUGACGUCUGCUUUGUUUGUAUUGCCUACUCAAUGGCCAGUGACGGCCAAUAACAUGAAUUUUGCUGUAGUUCCAUUUGUAGGUGUGAUUGGAUUGGCUUCUUUAGUCUAUGCCUUUUCAGGGCGUAAAUGGUUUACAGGUCCUGUGCGCUAUGUGGAGACCAUGAUUCAAGAUGAACAAGUGAUACAAGAACCUCAAAGAGCUGUUCUAAUGGCUGAUCAUGAAAAACACAUAGUCUAUUGAAUAAAACAAAUACACACACAUAAAAAAAAAAAGAGAAAAAAA